GCCGCCGUAGAGUUGCAAAUCAGUGACAGCACAGAGCCUCUAGCGUGUGGUGCCUGCGAUCUACWUCCCCAGCAGAGCUGGGCCAGAGCGGUAGCGCUGUGUGACACUCUGUGGGUCAUUUACCGGAGAGUCGGAGUGGUAGGGUCUCUUGUGAGCUUCGCUUGGCCGAGAGAAGACAGCACUGCCAGCUAUGGCGGAGCAGCCAUUGUCGAUGGUUAUGGUCGAGGAGAAGAUGGCGAGGGAGGAGAGGGAGGAGGAGGAGGAGGAGAGAGAGGUCCCCGUGCAUGUCGUGGACGCUAAGGCUUUGUGUCAUGGAUGCGGGCACGACGGAUCCGACGGCCCGUGCCUGGUCCCGGUCCAUCCCGACGUGCUCCGAGCUGUGUACCUGGACUACGAGCAAAAGGCUCGACACCUCAAGAUCAACUUUUUUCAGUACCUGGAACUGAUCGGCAUGGGGAAAACGGGACUGGUUUGUCCCCACUCCAGACACAGAAAAGCAGAGGAGGACAGUGACUCCACGGGAGUGGGGGUCCAUGGGCCCUCUAUGGCCCCAACGCCGGGACCGAUGAGGAUAAAUACACCAUCUGUCGUCAUUCAAGGCCAG